AUGGCUAAAGCAAAUGCUGUAUUCAUGAAAUUGCCCCAAUUCUGGGCUGCCGGAGCCAACAUAUGGUUUGCACAGGCUAAAUUACAGUUUGUACUCAGGAAUAUUACUGCAGAGAUCACUAAAUAUCAUCACCUUCUAGCAGCUCUUCAGAAUGAUGUAGCUAUUACUCUAACAGAUUUUUUUGAACAUGUUCCUGAUGAAAAUCCAUACACUGCUCUGAAACUCCGUCUUUUGAAGAAAUAUACCCAUACUGAUCUCGAGAAAGCUGAAAUGAUACGCUCUAUGCCUGGUAUUGGAGAUCGUAAACCAUCUGAUCUUAUGGAUUCAAUGUUGGCUCUGUGUCCUACUGGACAUACAAUGUCUCCUCUGUUUUUGAACGAAUAUAAUCUUCACAACAUUCAACUUUUUAACUUCCUGUGCCUGUUCAAAUGA